AUGACAGACACCCCCAAAGAACACCAUGUCCACCGCGACGGCGGCUGGAUGUCCUCCGACAAGAGGCACCACCACAAAUUCCUCAACGACACCGUCCAGCACGUCGACCAAAACCCCAAGCCCCUCCACCCCGUACUCCAAGGCUUCAAAGCCACCGUCGAGAAGAGCACUAGGCUCACCAUGCUCUUUAAUUUGAUGUUCCAACAAAUCCCAGCGGGCAAAGAGUACCUCAAAGACCCCUCUGGCGAGAACCAAGUCCGCGAUUUCGAUCACCUCCUCCAGCUUCUCAACCAUGUCAUCUCCACCGCUCCUCGCUGGACCGAGGCUGCUCACAAAGUGGGCAUCGUCGGUGUCCCCGUCAACGCCUUGCUCGACUGGCCCAUGGGUACAAGCGCUGGGUUCUGUGUUUUCCAAGAUCCUGAAGUGAACGAGCAUCUCAAAAAGAUCCUCAACGUCUGGGGCGCCUUCCUCUCCUCCCCUUCCUCUGCCUACGUCCUCGGCACCGGCCCGCACGACUGGCUCGGCCCCAUCGGCAAACCCUCCCUCAUGUCCGUCGCCAAUGCCCCCCUCUCCACCUCUUACUCCUUCUCAGAAUUCUACCACUCCGACCCCUCCCUCCCUCACCACGGUUACGCAUCCUGGGACGCAUUCUUCACCCGCCGCUUCAAAGACACCGUCCGCCCCGUCGCUUCCCCCUCAGACGACGGGGUCGUCGCAAACGCCUGCGAAAGCACAUUCUACAAAGUCGCCCGUGAUAUCAAAGCGCGAGACCAAUUCUGGGUCAAAGGCCAGCCAUAUUCCGUCCUCGACAUCCUCGCCUUCGACCCUCUCUCUUCCCAGUACAUCGGCGGAACGAUCUACCAAGCUUUCCUCUCCGCCCUCUCUUAUCACCGCUGGCACGCCCCCGUCUCUGGUACUGUUGUAAAAGCAUACAUCAUCCAGGGCACAUACUUUUCCGAGCCCCUCUUUGUCGAUUUUGACCAAAAUGCCAAAGCAGGAGGAGGAGGGAAGGGGAAGGAGGCGGACGUGCAUGGGGAGACGACGAGUCAGGAGUAUCUCUCGGCAACAGCGACGAGGGCCGUCAUCUUUAUCGAAGCGGGUGAUAACCGCCUCGGCACGGUGGCCUUCCUGGGUAUCGGCAUGACGGAAGUUAGUACGUGUGAGAUUACUGUCAAGGAAGGGGAUAGGGUCAAGAAGGGCGAUCAGACUGGGCAAGUCGUUCCAAGCAGCAUGUUCCAUUUCGGCGGAUCGACGCAUUGUGUGUUGUUUGAGAAGGGUGUCGAGCUUGAGGGGUUCCCGGACUAUACAGAUAGGAAUGUGCCCGUGAGGAGCAAGCUUUGUCAUGUCGUGUAA